UCCUGACUCCGCCCCUGCUUGCUCCCAUACCCCGACGAAGGGGUCCUGCCCCCAUAAGGGUGCCCCCCACACACACCUCAGGAUCACCCCCUCCCAGAGAGCUCCCCGCCGCCCUACACAGAGUGGGGCACAAUAAAUAUUUGUUGCCAGACUCUACACCCCCAAAUUUAAGUGUGAAGGCUAUAGAUUCCCACCCUGUCCCCCCAAACACACACACACCCUUUCCAUUUAAGCACUGGGUCAGGGCACACGUGGACAUACCUGGGCCAGGCCACAUUUCCCCAAGGCACAGGUGCAUAGUCACCAGCUGUAACGGCACCUGCAGAGUCCCCACAUACACACCCUCUCCAGCGCAUGCAUGCCCAGACACAAUGCACCUGGGGUACACAGCUACAAACACACCCAGCUACAUGCAGUUGUCACACCCCUGUGCCCGGGCACACACGCAGCACAUGCACACAUUUGCCCACCACACACGCACGUGCGCGCGCACACACGCACACAGGCGUUCACCCCGGUAUGCAUGCCCAGAUCUCUCAACACCAAAACGGAGUUACAGCACUGUAGAGACGUGUGCACGCCUUCCCAUCACACCCACCCACCGUGCUGUCCAUUGCACUGGCUCGCACUCACCCAUUUACAUGCCCAACACCGUGCCAUCCUUCCCCUCCAGGAUAGUUACUGCUGACAUUCCUGGAGCACUUUCUGUGUGCCAGGCGCAGGGACUUUCACCAUCCCCAUUUUCCAGAGGGGGAAACCAAGGAACAGAGAGGCUAAGUAACUUGCCCAAGGUCAUCCAGCUGUAAGGAGGUGGUAACAAGGAUCAGGAACAGGUAGGCUGGCUCCAAAGUCCUCACUUGACCACUGUUGUUCACUACUGGGCAUAUCCCCUCAUAGUUGCAUAUCCUUAUUCGUCACACACAGACACACCCAACCGUCUCCUCAGAGUUUGCACAUGUCUGUGUAGGCACGCAUAUGCAGCCAGCUGCAGGCAGACAGCUCAUUCAUGCCUGGGACGCACCCACAGGGACAGAGCAGAUCCCACAGGGCAGCAGUGAGUGAUGAGUGUCCCCUUAGCCCAGGCUUCCUCAUUCUCCCAGCUCCAACAGCACCUCCAGGGCCUGCAGGGGGCAGUUCUAGGCAGCUUCUGGGUUCCCCUCCAGCUGCAGGCUCUCCGGGGUACCCGAGUAUGAGCUGGAGGAGGUGCCUGCUCAGCCUGGGGAGGCCUCUAUCUUGAUGUGUACCCACUAGCCCAGGUGGUGAGCAGCUGGGCCCGGGGAAAGCACGGCUGCCCAUGUUGGCUCCAGCAGCCAGAGAGGCUGUGCACCCCUGCACACUUUACAAGGCCUUUCCCCACAUAUGCAUUAUUUCUUGAGGUCUGUAGCUCCUGGUGAGGGGCCCCAGGUUCCCGAUGGGCACCUGAGAGGCCCAGGCUCUGAGGCAGGGAGCAGUCUGCCCAAGGUCACAGUGCCCUCGAUGUACCAGGAUUUCUUGGAAAACGGAAGGCUGGAGGCACUGAUUUCCAAGGCCCCUCCUGGGGCUCCCGGCAGCCGAGGGCAGAUGCCCUGCUCUUGGAGCCAGAAACCUUGGCUAGCUGCCGCCACACUGGUGACCUCCAGCAGGCUAUGCUGUUUCAGAGCCUCGGUCUCCUCCUUUGAAGAGCAGGCCCAGUGAUCCUUGGCUGGUGUGCCCCAUGCUUGUUGGCACCACCAGCCAGGCCUGGGCGGGAAAAGCCCUGCGUGACUCAUGGGCCUGACAUAGAGGGGCAUGGCAUGGCAUUGUUCUUCCUUGCCUCCAAGCCUCUCUCCCACUGCCCUCACCACCUCUACCUACCCUGCCACCACCACCCUGGGAACUUGGGUGCCAGCAAACCAAAGAGGUGAAGCUUCCAGGCCUUUGACCCCACCAGGAACGGCUACCCUCUCGCCCACUCAACAGCAUCUGCAGGAAGCCCUAGGACUGCCUGCUGGGAGGGGGGAUGAGAAUCCUGCCGGAACUGUUGAGGGCAAAGAGGACUGGGAGAUGGAGGAGGACCAGGGGGAGGAAGAGGAGGAGGAAGCAACGCCAACCCCAUCCUCCAGCCCCAGCCCCUCUCCCACCCCUGAGGACAUCGUCACUUACAUCCUGGGCCGCCUGGCCGGCCUGGACGCAGGCCUGCACCAGCUGCACGUCCGUCUGCACGCGUUGGACACCCGCGUGGUCGAGCUGACCCAGGGGCUGCGGCAGCUGCGGAACGCGGCAGGCGACACCCGCGAUGCCGUGCAAGCCCUGCAGGAGGCGCAGGGUCGCGCCGAGCGCGAGCACGGCCGCUUGGAGGGCUGCCUGAAGGGGCUGCGCCUGGGCCACAAGUGCUUCCUGCUCUCGCGCGACUUUGAAGCUCAGGCGGCGGCGCAGGCGCGGUGCACGGCGCGGGGCGGGAGCCUGGCGCAGCCGGCAGACCGCCAGCAGAUGGAGGCGCUCACUCGGUACCUGCGCGCGGCCCUCGCUCCCUACAACUGGCCCGUGUGGCUGGGCGUGCACGAUCGGCGCGCCGAGGGCCUCUACCUCUUCGAAAACGGCCAGCGCGUGUCCUUCUUCGCCUGGCAUCGCUCACCCCGCCCCGAGCUCGGCGCCCAGCCCAGCGCCUCGCCGCACCCGCUCAGCCCGGACCAGCCCAACGGUGGCACGCUCGAGAACUGCGUGGCGCAGGCCUCUGACGACGGCUCCUGGUGGGACCACGACUGCCAGCGGCGUCUCUACUACGUCUGCGAGUUCCCCUUCUAGCGGGGCCGGUACCCCGCCUCCCUGCCCAUCCCACCACCCGACCUUUCCCUGCGCCGUGCCCACCCUCCUCCGGGAUCGCCCUUCCCUUCCUGUCCACGAAUGGCAGCGUCCUCCCCGACCCCCAGGCUGGGCGCUUCUGGGAGGGCUCUUGCGGUGCCGGCACUCCUCCUUGUUAGUGUCUUUCCUUGAAGGGGCGGGCACCAGGCUAGGUCCGGUGCCAAUAAAUCCUUGUGGAAUCUGA